AAGCGGAGAAGGGGGCGGACCGGCGAGAGGAAACUUGACAGAAAACAAUAGCAGUCACUCAGCUGACCUCCAAGCAGCUGUUAUUAUUCAUCGGCGUUAAUAUUCCUGAGGACAGGUAACUGUGGUCGCUGACAGACGCGCUAGCGGUUGUGGCGGAGGCGCGCCCAGCGAAGGAAUAUCGUUAGCAGGAAAACCGAGAGAAAGGUGAGGUGACGGCACGCUUGGGAAGACGAGAAGGAGGGCAGUGACAAGUGAACGGACUCAGCUACAGGUAGCAAUUCGUUAGCUGUCGUGGCAGAAGAUAUCAAAGUGCAGGCGGGUCAUGCGGAUUUCUCCGGUCGCUGAUCGGAGCGCCGCGUCGCAGCAAUAAAACGGUGGGGGGAAAGAGAGAAGAAGCAGAAAAACAGAAGAACCAGACCCUCUAUCAGUCCGUCCGAGCGGGCUCCUAGUCACAGGGGAGAGCGACCAUGUCCCGGAGAAAGCAGAGCAAACCCCGGCAGAUAAAACGUUCCCUCGGGGAUCUUGAUGGCGGUGAGGAAAACACACCGGACAACCUCAGCCUAUCAGGAGAGGAGGGAGGGGCCUCGGACCCGGAUGAUUCAGCAGAAGGCGACAGCUCCAGCCCCCCGCCAUACACACCACUGUACAACGAAGAGCCCAGGACGCAGGACUCUCGAGGAGGCCCCGACGAUGAAGACGAGAAUGGGGAGGAGCAAGGCUCGACACACAGCGGCAGGGAGGAGCAAGAAGAAGGAGUGGAAGAGGAGGAGGUGUUACAGUGGAGGGGUCCAGAUGACCUGGAGUUAAGCGAAGAAGGCAGUGACAGCAGGGUGGUGGCUGGCAGGGACCUCCAUCCAGACACAACGUGGGGCCCCUAUCCAGGACUCCUCCAAUCAGAGGGCAGCGCAGAUGAUCAGGAGACAGAGAACUCGCGGUUGACUGUGGUGUGUGAGGAUCCAGACUGUUGGAUCAGCCUGCUCCCUCUGGCCUCUGACGCCUCAGCUGCCAACUGUACCAUCUACAGCCGAGGUGAGGAGUUGUUCUGCAAAGUGACCAGAGAGCUUGCGGCUGGUGAAAAGCUCUUGGCCUCUCUGUCACCUCCUUCGGGCUCCUCCUCCUCCCCAUUGGCCCAGCUCUCUCCUCCACUCAGCCUCGUUACCCAGAAACAACUUGUGGGGCAGGAGGAGCCGCUGUACCCAGCGGCGCUGCACUCAGACAUCCAGCUCCUCCCACAGCAAGCUGGCAUGGCUGCCAUCCUGGCUACUGCUGUUGUCAAUAAGGACAUUUUCCCAUGCAAGGACUGUGGGAUCUGGUAUCGCAGUGAGAGGAACCUGCAGGCACACCUUAUGUACUACUGCGCAAGCCGUCAGAAGCAGCCGGCCGCAGCCUCGUCCCCGCCGCAAGACAAACCCAAGGAGUCCUACCCCAAUGAACGCAUCUGCCCCUUCCCACAGUGCAACAAGAGCUGCCCCAGUGCCAGCUCACUGGAGAUCCACAUGCGCACACACAGUGGGGAACGUCCAUUUGUCUGUCUCAUCUGUCUGUCAGCCUUCACCACUAAAGCAAACUGUGAGCGACACCUUAAAGUCCACACAGACACACUGAACGGGGUGUGUCAUGGCUGUGGCUUUGUCUCCACGACUAGGGACAUCCUCUACAGUCAUUUGGUCACCAGCCACAUGGUUUGCCAGCCUGGAUCUCGUAGUGAGGUGUACUCCCCAGGUCCAGGCCUUCCCAAGCUGCCCCUUUCCACCGGUCUCAGUCCAGGAGACUCUGGUGUGGUACUGAAAUGUCAAGUGUGUGGCCACAACUCUGACACCCCCGCCCAACUUCAGCAACAUGUACGAACCCACCUUGAGGUCAGGGUCCCAGCUGAAAGGAGCCCCACCCCUCGCCAAAGCACCCCAUCGUCAGUUGACAACCCCCAGCUCCAGCUGUCUCCCCAGGAGAGGGAGCCCCUAGCUUGUGUCCCUAAGCCAGACUCAUCCAGCCCGGGUGCUAAUGGCAGCUCAGCCACACCUCGGGACUACAGUCCUGCAGAUGCCCCGACCACUGAACUAAAGAUCAAAGAGGAGCCUCAUUCAGAUACCGAGACAGAAGAGCAGGAAAUGGAUAUUAAGGAGGAUGGCGGGGAGGAGGAUGUUGGUGGUGAGGAGGAGAAUCAAGAAACAAGAAGGAAGACAAAGGAGGGGCAAACUGCCACCUCCUCGUGUCAGUCAUCGAACUCUCCGAAGAGUCCAGCCACCACAACUGUGAAGGCAGAACCAACUAGUCCCACCCCUGGUUCUAGCCCUGCCCAUGUGGGAGGUACAGGAUCAGUUCUUCCAGGAGGAGCAAUGUUUUUGCCUCAAUACAUGUUUAACCCCGAGGCAGCCAUUUUGCCUCAGGCCUCAGAGAUACUGGCUAAAAUGUCAGAGAUGGUCCACAGCCGUCUGAAACAGGGACAGACAGUUCCUCAGAACAACCCAGCGGCCUUCUUCCCCUCUGGACCGACUGCACCUACAGCCACAGCCACUCCGCCUCACAAAGGAGCCACCUGCUUUGAGUGUGAUAUCACCUUCAACAACAUUAACAACUUCUAUGCACAUAAGAGGCUGUACUGCUCCAGUAGGCACCACGGAGAAGGUGCAACCUCAGCUUCAGGCCCUGGAUCAACAAGGGAUGCCGCCCCAGCCACGGUGCCUUCCAGUGGGGCACAUGGCUCAACCGCAUCUCCUCAGGGUGGUGCAGCAAGUAGAGCAGCCUCCGCCUCUCCCACUGACUCUGACCCUGCUGCAGGGAGUGGAGCCACAGAACCUAGGAGGGUUUUGGAAGUGAAGACCGAAACCCCUGUCGGGAGAGAGGGAAUAUCAUCCUCUUCUGAAGGGGAAGGCGGAGGUGGAAGUGGUGGAGGAGGAAGAGCAAGCGAAGGUAGCCAGAGUCCUGCUAGUGGUUCUGCCGAGGACCUAGAAGACGACCCCAAUAGAACCUUCUGUGAGGCCUGCAACAUCCGCUUCAGCCGUCAUGAUAACUAUACUGUCCACAAACGCUUCUACUGUGCAUCCCGCCAUGACCCAUCCAACCAGCGAUCCGUACACAUGACCAAGGCAACCACCACAGCAGCCUUCCUUCCCCAGCCAAUCCGCACACGCAAGAGGAAGAAGAUGUAUGAGAUUCACAUGGCCAGAACCGAAGCCUUGGCUAAUGCUGCAGCUGCGGCUGCAGCAGCCUCUGCUGCUGCCUCUGCCCCAUCUCCCUCUGUUCUGGGCUUAGCUGUGAAGCAAGAAGUCUCUCCCAGUGGAGCAGGCGGCUCCAGCCCCGAAGGAGAUGGCCCAAUUGACCUGAGCAAGAGGCCCCGUCUGAGAGAGGUUCCACGGCACAGCAGUAGCAGCAUCCUCCCUGCAUUGCCUCUUAGUGACUACCACAAGUGCACCGCCUGCAGUAUCAGCUUCAACAGCAUUGAGAACUACCUGGCUCAUAAAACAUACUAUUGCCCUGCCACCACCCUACAGCCUCACACCUUGGAGCAGCUUCACAGGCUCAAGAGAUCGGCUUCUACCUCUCCCAAAAGCAGGCCUCAGCAGGACCGCCCAGAUCUUCUGCACCCCAUGGAGGCUAAAGCUCUCCCUGCUGAGUGGGUUGCCCAGGCUCAAGUCACAUCACCCAGUCCUCACCCCUCUGCCUUACCUGCCUCCAAUACUACAUCUCCGCCCCAUACAACCACCACACUUGCAGCCACCCCAGGAGCUGGAGCCAAAGGUGUAGGUGCUGGUUCCCCUCAGGUGAUUUGCCCAUACUGCCCUAAUAGGCUCAUCACCUGUGACCUGAUGGAGCACUUCAAGACUACCCACGGCCUGGUUGUAACCAUUCAGCCACCCCAGGAGGCCCUGCCCCAGCUAGGCAGUGCUGUGAGCCGCAGCCCCAGCCUUAGUCCCAGGGAUGGAGCUCCUGCAACCACCUCCACCACCCCAACUAGCCAGCCCAGACUGGUCUCCCGAAUGCACAGAGACAGCAUCAAUGGACAGGCAAGGAGCGGUACAACUUCUCCUGCCUCCCCGCUGGUAAACGGCAGCCCUUCAGCUGGGGAUGGAUCACCUUCGGCCGGCUCACCUCUCCCUGUGUCUCCCCCAAGGGCUCCCUCUCUGACUUUGUCACCUGUGCCUGAGAUCCCGAGGGAGACGGUGGGGUCAUCCCAUCUUCUAAACAAGGCCGCCCCAACCGCGGCCUCCCAUCCUGCUCCAGCACCCCAGCCUGCCCCCAUGCCUGGCCCUAAAACCACCGUGAUCUCCCCCGUCCAGAACGGUAACUCCCGCUUCUGUCGGCUGUGCAACAUCAAGUUCAGCAGCCUCUCCACAUUCAUAGCUCAUAAGAAGUACUACUGCUCUUCCCACAGUGCCGAACAUGUCAAGUGAGCCAAGUGAUUCUUCUUCUUUUUCCUCCAUCUCUUCCCCUUCCUUUAUCUUUCUGAGUGGAGGCUUUCCUUCCCUAAGUUCCAAGAAGCUCAGAUGUCCCUCUUCCUCUGCCAGUCCUCCCACAUUGGUGCCAAAUGGCACUCAGCUGGCAUGACCAUGAAUGACAAUGAAUGACUGUUACUCACCUGGCAGGGCCCGAUGUCCAGCUGCUCCAGAGCAGAAUUUGCAGGUGGUGUUACUAAUAUAUGAACUGAUAUUCCUCCUAUGGGUCAAAGUUUGUAGUACACUAAGAGCUGAGACGGAUGCUACCUGCACACACUGGUGUGCCCUCGUCCCCUAGAUCACUGUCUGUCUUAGUACCCCAGUCCCUAAUUAAACAUCUACCACUCCCAGGCCUCACAGUAUGUUGCAUUAUGGGACGUUAAAAAGAUCGAUGUCAACAACCUCUUGUCUGUCUCUCUGUUGAACUGCGUUCAUAAUGGCAGUAAUUGGAUUCUGACUGUUGGAGGCAUUUCUGACUGAUGAUGAUUCAGUAACGAUGAAGCUGAUUAUGAUGAAUCUCCAGUCUUUUCCUGAGCUCUUAAUGUUCCAGACCUAAACGGAGGAAUCAUUUAUGUUGUGUGGAAAGGACUUGAUCAUUGUUAAUGUUUUUAUUAUCUGUGCAUAGUGUAUGAUGUCUGAAAAAAGAAUUCUAUAAUGCUUUUGGUUUCAACACUGGCUCUCUUUUGCUUACUAGAGAAGCGAAAGCGUUUUUAGCUGAAAAAGAAAAAUGUGGUAUCACAAUGUUACCAAUUACUGAAGGAUGAUAUUUCAAAAUGGACAGUUCUUUUCUUUCAUACACACAAUUUUUUUAUUUUCUCUUUAAAAUGCAAGGGAGAAAAAAAUGUGAAAUAUUUAUCUUCUAUCUUUUAGUCCUCACUGAUUUCAUGUCAACAGAAAACUACCUACCUGGUGUCUGAGAGUAUUUGUAUUUUUUAUUUGUAUAUUUUUCAUACUGUUAGAAGGAACUAUUUGGAUCUGGGUGUGUUGAAGUGUAUUUUCUAAGUGUAGAUAUGUAAUAUCUUCUCACAGUAAUCACUGGGAUCACACUGAACUUUAUUAUCACGUUAGCAUUUGGUGUUCUGUUUAUGUAGUCUUUAAUUGAUGGUGAGGUCUGAAAACCAGCGCUGUGUUUAUUUUUAUCCCCUCUUGUACCUUUCUGAUCAGCAACACGAUUAGACCAGAACAGCUUCCUCACUUACACAGAAGGAGGUUGAAGAGGGCACUUCUGAUUCGGUUGUGUUUAUACUUUGGUGAGAAUGAUGUAGACUCCCAGAUUUUAGGGUAUACAAUACUAAAUUUUCAAUCACAAAUCUAUCUUUAGUUACCGGGCUCCAUGCCAUGCAAAGUAUGACUUUUAAGGAUACACAGCUUUCCAUUCUUUGUUUCAAACUGCCAUUUCACACUUGUACUGAGGGAUGCACAAAACACAUCAAUGCUUUGAUGUCUAAUACACAUCUUGUGAGAUGUUUUUUUCCUUUUUAAUGACUGUGUUUCUGUCCGGCAAUGAAGAUAUAGCAGGAAAUAGUCACAUCGUAGUGUAACACCUCACACAGUAGAGUAAGCAGUGUUGUGGACCAUGGUGUGUGUGAGGCUGUGCUCUUCUUCUCUCACUUUAUUGCUCCCUCACGCAUGCACACAUACUCGCAGGCACAGUUUACGCCACAAGUUUCCAUGCUGCUCUUGCAGUUGCAAUACAGUGUUCGUUAGAACUGUGAAAUACUUUUUUUUUUCCAAUAUUGAGGCAAAUUUACCAAUGCAGGCCUCAUCUUAAGAUUUUUAAGGCCCAGACAUUUUGAAUUGAAGCUGCCAAUAUCAAUAUUGCAGCCAGAUGCUGAAUUUGUUACAAAUUUGGUCAUUUUUCUCCUCUAAAUUCUCAACAAUAAACAUUUUCCUCAUUUUCCUCUUGUCAGUGUGCAACCCUCCCAUACUGAAGAGGUUAUCCUGGUCAGCAGGGGAGCACAUGGAUCAGCUGCUAGUAGACCGUUUUGAUAAAAUGCUGAUAUCAGUCUAACUGUAAACCUACCAACACAGGACAGAUCUGGACCUCUGUUUAUUCAGUAGUAGCAUUAAAAGACCCAUAGAUACCCAUGUUCAUGUUCAACACAUCUGUCUGUUCCCAAAACUGGAAACCAAGUGUAAAAAUGAAGGAUGUUUUUUUUUUUUUAAUCAUAAUUUACUGGUUUUCUGCUCUGCUGUGGUUUGGUGCAGCGUUGUACCAGACACAUCUUACUACUUUCUAAAAGUGUUUACAAUUGUGCUGGUCUCUCUCUCUGUUCUUAAAAGGAGAGAGAAGAAGCAGAAGAAAGUCACAGAGUCAAGUCAACAAAUCAGAAAUUGAGGAACUGAGUCCUGGAAAUCAUUCUUUAAACUUACCCCCUUUUAAUUGCACUGUGUUGUAUAAAAAUGUGCUGAAUGUUUUAGUUUUAGGGACUUUUUUUGUAAUGUAUUUAUGUUAUACAGAACUUUGCCCCGUCCAAAAUGCGUCAUUGUUGUACCUUGAAGGACUUUCUGAAAGAUUUUAACCCUCGCAGAAAACUUUUUUUUUCUUAGUUGCAACCACGUUUUGUUCAUGAUUCCUCUGAUGUCCAGUCCAUAAAGGAGAAAAUCACAAUGAAUGUCAAAAUUUUUAUUUCCAUAUUUUUCAUUUCAUUUCAGUUCCACUACACUCUUGUCCAAACUAUGCAUGGGAAAUAAAAAAGUUCUGAGAGACACUGA